ACCGCAGCGCUGCGGCUCUGAAGCCAAACUCCCGACCGCCGCAGCUCCAGCGACAAAGGCAUCUGUGACGCUCCUGACCAUGUUGCGCUUGCUGGGCCUGAGAGGACCACGGGCUGUAUUCUGCCUCCAGUGCGGUCGUCCCAGAGAAAGCCAUCACCAGGCUGUGCUGGCCCUGAGGAGGGAGGACAUCAAUGCCUGGGAGCGCCGGGCGCCCCUGGCACCCAAGCACAUCCAGGAGCUGACCAACGCAGGCUGUAAGGUCCUAGUGCAGCCCUCCAACAGACGGGCAAUCCAUGAAAAGUAUUACAGACAAGCGGGAGCGAUCAUCCAGGAGGAUAUCUCCGAGGCUUCCAUGAUUAUCGGAGUGAAAGGCCUCCCUGUGGAAAAGCUGAUUCCGAAGAAGACAUACGCCUUCUUCUCUCACACCAUCAAAGCACAGGAGGCCAACAUGCCUCUACUGGACGCCAUUUUGGCCAAGGAAAUCCGUCUCAUCGAUUACGAGAAGAUGGUGGACAGCAAAGGGUCAAGGGUUGUGGCUUUUGGCCAAUGGGCUGGAGUAGCAGGAAUGAUCAACAUCCUGCAUGGUUUGGGGCUGCGUUUCUUGGCUUUAGGUCAUCAUACCCCCUUCACGCAUAUUGGCAUGGCUCACAACUACAGGAACAGCGCACAAGCUGUGCAAGCUGUGCGUGACUGCGGCUAUGAGAUCUCACUGGGAUUGAUGCCAAAGUCCGUCGGACCAGUCACCUUUGUGUUCACAGGCAGCGGAAAUGUGUCUAAGGGAGCUCAGGAAAUCUUUAAUGAACUUCCUUGUGUGUUUGUGGAGCCUCACGAGCUGCAGGAGGUUUUCCGAUGUGGAGAUCAGAGUAAGGUUUAUGCCACUGUCCUCAGUCGUCAUCACCACGUUGUGAGGAAGAGUGACGGAAAGUAUGACCCGUUUGAAUACCAGCACCAGCCAGAGUUGUACACGUCUCGCUUCAGUACGGACAUUGCUCCCUACACUACCUGUCUAAUAAAUGGUAUCUACUGGGACCACCACACUCCGCGCUUACUCACCCGGCAGGAUGCUCAGAACCUAUUGGCAUCAGCCAAGUCCUUUGACCCGAUGUGUGACGGUUGCCCAGAGUUGCCGCACAGAUUUCUGGCUAUUUGUGACAUCUCCGCCGACGCUGGAGGUUCCAUCGAGUUCAUGAAUGAGUGCACGACCAUUGAUAUGCCAUUUUGCAUAUAUGAUGCAGACCAGCACACCAUCCAUGACAGCGUGGAAGGCAAUGGCAUUCUGAUGUGUUCAAUCGACAACCUGCCUGCCCAGCUCCCGAUAGAGGCCACGGAGUGCUUUGGAGACAUGCUGUUCCCCUACAUAUGGGAGAUGUUGGCCUCUGAUGCCACUGUACCUUUUGAAAAGCAGCAAGGCUUCUCCCCCUUGGUCAAAAAUGCUGUAAUAGCGUCCAAUGGUUCCUUGACUCCCAAAUUCAAGUACAUUCAGAAGAUGAGAGCAAACAGGGCAAAAGCUCCUUAUGGUAUAGCUGCACACAUCAAAAGAGAAUUGGCCCAGCUCGUGAACAUGACUCCCAAGAGCAGGGUGCUGCUGCUUGGAGCUGGCUAUGUUACUGGGCCCGUCCUGGACUACCUCACCAGGAACAGCAACAUUGAGGUCACUGUGGCGUCCAUUGUGAAGGAUGAGUUACAGAGACUGACGCAGAAAUACAGCAAUGCCAUCCCAAUUAUCAUGGACAUAGAGAAGCAACAGGAAAAGUUAUCCUCGCUGGUCGGAUCACACGACCUGGUCAUCAGCUUGCUGCCUGGAGGUUUCCAUCCUAUGGUGAUAAAGGAGUGCAUCCAUCACAAAGUCAACAUGGUGACUGCCAGCUACCUGUCUCCAGAAAUGAAGGCAUUCCACCAAAGUGCACUAGAAGCUGAAGUUACUGUGGUGAACGAGAUUGGUCUGGAUCCAGGCAUUGACCAUAUGUUGGCAAUGAAGUGCAUCGAUGACGCAAGAGAUCAAGGAGCUACUAUCGAGUCGUACGUCUCCUUCUGCGGGGGUCUGCCUGCACCAGAAUGCUCCGAUAAUCCACUACGUUACAAGUUUAGCUGGAGUCCGGUUGGAGCUCUGUUGAACACAAUCCGCCCGGCCACCUACCUGAAAAAUGGAAAGUUGGUGGAGAUCUCAGCAGGAGGUGCUGUGCUCAAUAAUGCCAGCCCAAUGGAAUUCUUCCCUGGGUUUAAUUUGGAGGGCUUUCCCAACAGAGACAGCCUGAAAUACGCCGUGCCAUACGGUAUCGAAUCGGCUCAUACUUUGAUAAGAGGCACCUUGAGGUACAAGGGCUAUUCAAACGCUAUCCAAGGAUUGCAGAAAGUGGGGCUGAUUAAUACUGAACCCUGCUCACUGCUCAGCCCAGAAGCUCCUGCUGUCACGUGGAGAGAGCUUCUAUGUAACCUGGUAGGAAUCGCACCAAGCUCCAGUGUGAUUAGUCUAAAAGAAGUGGUCUUCAAUAUAAUCGGGAAGGAUGAAAGCCAGAUGGAGACUCUUUCAUGGCUGGGGCUCUUCGGAGAUGAAUCCGCCCCCAAAGCACAGUCACUCCUUCAUUCUCUCGCUCAACACAUGGAGAGCAAAAUGGCCUAUGCCCCUGGUGAACGAGACCUGAUUGUCAUGAGGAAUGAUGUUGGGAUCAGACACCCUUCUGGCCAGCUGGAGAUCAAGCACUACAGCCUGGUGGUUUACGGGGACCCAGCUGGCUUCUCGGCAAUGGCUAAGACCGUGGGCUUGCCGUGUGCCAUUGGUGCCGAGUUGCUUCUGGACGGUGAAAUCCAGACGAAAGGAAUGGUGGUUCCAUUGACACGAGACAUCUACCAGCCGGUGCUGGACCGUAUCAAGUUUGAGGGCAUUUCCUACACCACAAGCAGUACUUUUUGCUAAAGACAAUGGUGAUGUGAAGACCACAUCUUGCCAGACCUUACUGAUGUUUUUCUGGAGAGCUGAAGUCUUGUAGGGGUGGGGUGGUCUUCUCAAUGUAUCUGAAGCCUGUCAUUGCUACUGUAACCAUGUGCGUAAAUGCUCCAGCAGUCCUGCAACCACCUUCAUUCAUUCUGAUUUUGAAACUGAUUCCUGUUUAAUCUUAAUUAGUCAAUUAAUUAAUCUAAACCAAAGCAAGCAUUAUUGAAAUUAUAUUAUUAUAAUUAUAACCCUUGCUAUCAGUACAGCAUCUUUCAUGUCGGGAGGACUUCUCAAAACUCUUCACAGGAUUCAUAGUGGGGCAACUAUGUGUUUUGUGCAGGCGAAUGCAGCAGUUUUGUGCACAGCAAAGUCCUGUAUUAUUUGGGGGAGGGGUGCAGGGAGGUUGUGAGUUAGGAUGAAACCAGGGAUGGCAGGAAGGGCGAGGGGGUUUGUCUGUUCCCCUCUUCUGGGAAAUGCUCUACACUGUCCAGCGCCUUGGGACGUCCUCUCGACGUAAAAGCCGCUAUACAAAUGUAAUCUUCUUGUUGUUGUUGCGAGCUCACCAGCGAGUGGUGGGGUAAAGCUGGGCAGUGCUUCACAGUCCGAUUGAGUCACAGAACAGUCACUUCUCUCUACAGCGAAGCGCUUCGAGACGGUCUCCAGGUGUGAAAGAUGCUGUAUCAAAUGUAAAGAUUAUGAUUUUUAUUAUUAUGAUUAUGACUGACUGACUUCUUGUGACAUCAAAGCAUCCACAGCCAUGUGUAACUGUGUUUAAUACUAUUUGUCUUUUCCAUUCAAGAAAUAAAAGGAAAUGGUAAUAA